AUGUCCAAUUUUCGACAAGAAAAGCGUCGUGUAGGAUUCAUGGGCUAUCGCCCUCGCGAUAUCCAACUUGCAGUCAGCCGGGCGGCUCAGAAGCACUGCUGCGUCUGUGGGGAGACUGGGGCCACCAUCAUGUGCUGUCAGGAAGACUGCGACAGAUGGUUCCACCUGCCCUGUGCCAAGGAGGGUCACUGUGUGACUGAAUACAUAACCCCAUACAGCUCCUACUGCCCUGAGCACUGCCCAGAACAGGAUGUGAGGGCGAUUCCGGAGCCAGGCACCGAAUGCCCCAUCUGCAUGGAGCCUGUGGAGGAGAGAAAGAGCUACACAACACUGGUGUGCCCAGCGUGCAAAAAGGCCUGGUUCCACAGGGACUGCAUCCAGGGACAGGCCUUGCGCGCUGGUGCAUUGUACUUCCAGUGCCCCCUCUGCAGAGACGAUGAUGAGUUUGCUGUCCAAAUGUUCCUCAUGGGGAUCCGAAUCCCCUUCAGACAGCCAACAUGGGAGGACAACGAUGCCUUUGCAGAAUUAGGAGAGAGGCACAGCUGGUGCAAUGCCAGGAAGUGCCUUUAUCCAGGAGGCAGGGAGGAGGCAGAGGAAGAGGGGCCCUGGGAACUGCUCCUGUGCUCCUCCUGUGCUGCUGAGGGCACCCACAGGCGCUGCUCUGGCCUCACAAGCAACACUCCCAGCUGGGAGUGCGACAGCUGUGCUGGUCUGGGCACAGCCCCCAGGGAUGAGCCGGAGCUCAAUGCCCCCAGGGAUGAGCCGGAGCUCAAUGCCCCCAGGGAUGAGCCGGAGCUCAAUGUCCCCAGCCUGGCCGGACAGUCAGGAUUGGAGCCUUCUCAUGGAUUGGAGCCUUCCCAUAGCUCUGCACAAUCCGAGGCCAUCAGCCCCAACUCUGGCAUCCUGGCACCAUCGGGUGUGCCUCCCCUGUCUCCGUCUCCAGAGACCAGCAAACGCAGCAGCGUCCAACAUGCACCAAUGAGGCAGCUGCUGCAAUCUUCCUCGCUGGAGAGCAGCAGCCCCUGCACGGAGAGUGAGGUGACAUCAAGGUCAUCAGACACCAGCCAUUCCAGAGGCUCUGGGUCUGACCGCAGGCAAAAUCGCUCUCGCCGGCAAAGUUGGGCCUCAAAUCCACCUGUCCGGUCGAGGAGUCGCCGUGACAGGAGCCAGAGGACAGGACCAAGGGCUGAGAGGCCCAGGCACAGAAGGACACCAUCAGAGACAUCCCCCAGACGCAGCCGCUCGCGCCAGCAACGUCGGGCCUCAAAUCCACCUGUCCGGUCGCGGAGUCGCCGUGACAGGAGCCAGAGGACAGCACCAAGGGCUGAGACGCCCAGGCCGAGGGAGACAACAUCAGGGACAUCCACCAGGAGCAACCGCUCCCGCCGGCGACGUCGCGCCUCAAAUCCACCUCUCCAGUCGAGGAGUCGCCGUGACAGGAGCCGCAGGACAGCAGCAACUGCUGAGAGGCCCAGGCCGAGGGAGACACCAUCAGAGACAUCCCCCAGACGCAGCCGCACCCGCCAGCGACUUCGCGCCUCAAAUCCACCUGUCCGGUCGAGGAGUCGCCGUGACAGGAGCCGCAGCACAGCAGCAACUGCUGAGAGGCCCAGGCGUAGGGUGACAUUGCCGGGGACAUCCACCAGGAGCAACCGCUCCCGCCAGCGACGUCAGGCCUCAACUCAGGCCUCGAAAAUCAGCAUGUAG